UAAUAUUUCUGUAAUUUAUUAAAUAAUAAUUGAAAAAAAUUAAAUUUUAAUGAAAUGUUAAUUUAUUCGCGCCAAAACGCAGUCACCGACGUUGACAUUUGCUGUGACGUCAAUCCUUAGCAAACUUGUAAACAUUAGAGUCGAGUAACAAAUAAAACAUAUUAAAUAUUAUUUUAAUAUGAAUUCUAAAGGAUAUAAGUGGUGUGCGGUCCCGCAGUGCACUAAUACGUCAAUAAAAACCCCUAACAAAGUGUUUAUUUACGUGCCAAACGAUAAAACGAUGCGAUAUAAGUGGCUAACUCUUGCACGGCGAGAUCCUAAAGCUGUUCGUCUUGAUACAUCUAUUUAUUUCUGCGUAGAUCAUUUUGACUUGCCACAUGAUAUGGAUAAUUAUAUGGAAUAUCACAUAAUGGGUUCUGUGUCGAAAAUUCGAAUGAAACCAGGGUGUAUACCCACUAAAUUUGAAUGCCAAGCAGAUAGGAGAAAACGAGCAUCUGAUAUGACCGAACGACCAUAUACUGUAAAAAAGCAAAGACAGGAAUUAAUUCAAGAUUCUAUAAAAGAUCUGGAAGAUAAAAGUAUUGUAAAUAAAGCUAUAGAGUUUGGAGAGACAUCAUCAAGUUCAGCUGUGCAUGGAAAUGCAGAAAGUAUUACACAAGAGAAAAAUAAGUCUGCAAAUAAAUCCAUCCAAGUUUACAUCACACACAAAUUCAGGAGCAAAGCCGUUCAAACUCAAGUUAAUUUUGUAAACCAGAUGACAUCGCCAUCGCCAACCGGAUCGCCAAUCUGUCUCUACAUCGCCAUUUAAGAUAACAAGAUCAGUUUUCUAAUCAAACCAACUGCAAGCACAUCAAACAUAAAUAAAUGUUCAAGAAAAAUGUUUGUCUCUGAAAACCGCUCUGAUAGUGAUAUUUCGUACACACCCUCCAUUACUCAUGGAGAAUCAUCACCAACUAUAUCUGUUCAAACAAAAUCAUGUUCAGAUUGCAGUGAGUUGAAACAAGAUGAUAAACAAAAAGAGUCAACUCAAAUGCUGCAAUGCACAAUACUUAAAAUUAACAGAAAUCCCCGUCUUUAUAUUGGUGUACCUAAAGACUGUUAUUAUUUAAUAGAUUUAAUUGAAAAAAAUACAAACAUUACUCCAGUUCAUUUACUCAUGUGUUUGAAAAAGAUUAGGCUAAAUAACUCAUUCAAAGAGCUUGCAGAUGAUUUUUCCCUAACACCAGGUUAUGCUAGUAAGAUAUUUUUAAAAAAUAUUCCUUUGUUGGCUAGUGUAAUGCGUACUUUCUUGGUAAAAUUAGAUAAAUUUAAAAUAAAAAAUAAUUUACCAAUGGCAUUAAGGCAUAAAUAUAAUCAAGUAAGUUGUAUCAUCGACUGUUUAGAGAUAGAAAUACAAAAGCCGUCAAAAGCUUUAAAUCAAUCUCUCUCCUGGUCGGAAUAUAAAAAAGCAAACACUAUCAAAUAUCUUGUGUCAUGCACCCCAAAUGGUCUGGUGAAUUACAUAUCACCUGGGUAUGGAGGAAGAGUAACAGACACAUGUCUAGUGGAAACAUGUGAUUUUUUUUAAUGUUUGGAACCAGGCAUGUGUGUAAUGGCUGAUAGAGGGUUUAAGCAUGUUGAAACAUAUUUAUUGAAACAUGGUGUAAAAUUAAUGCGACCUCCUAGUGUUCUAACAGGGGCUAAACUCUCAAAAACUGAGGUGAGGGAAACUAAACAAAUUGCCAGUUUAAGAAUACAUGUGGAGAGAGUGAUUCGUCGCUUAAGAGAAUUUCGCAUAUUGAAACCACAUGCAUGUGUAAAUUACAGUCUUGUUAAAGUUCUGGAUGACAUUAUAACUAUUGCCUGUGGGUUAAUAAAUUUGCACGAUUCUUUAGUUAAGUAACCUAUGAUUAUAACCAUUAAGAGUGAUUACACCCCUAGCGGGACGUCAGUGCAGGACCCAUCACCUCCCAAAUUAGAACCUAUGAUUAUUUAACCUCUUUUUGUAUGAUCAUAAUUAAAUAGGAAAAAAUAAAAGCACUAAUUAAC